AUGUACGCCAUCUCGCCAGCAACCUUCUCAGUGGCACUCUGCCAAGCACCCUCGGGGGGAGACCGCACGUCCCUCCUCAUACCUCCACACGCCCCUCUCUCCUCAUACCUCCACACGCCCCUCUCUCCUCAUACCUCCACAUGCCCCUCUCUCCUCAUGUCCUUUUCUCUCCCCACGUGUUGCAGCCAUCUCGCCAGCAACCUUCUCAGUGGCCCUCUGCCAAGCACGCUGGGGGGUCUCAAGAACUUGCAGUCGCUUGACCUUGGCAGCAACCGCCUCACAGGCCAGCUGCCGUCCACCCUACAGCGCUGCUGGCUCUUGAAGUACUUAUCCGUCCCAGCCAAUCAGCUCUCAGGACCGGUCCCAGGUUGGCUUGGAAGCCUCAAGCAGUUACAAGUGCUUGAACUCUACUCGAACCUCCUUUCCGGCCGUAUUCCCCCCAGCCUGGCCGGUGCCACUGCUCUGGAAUCAAUAGCACUAGAUGACAAUCGCCUCUCGGGUCCCCUCCCACCAGCACUUGGGAACCUUCCCAAUCUUGUCGCCCUCUAUGCUGCAAGAAACUCCCUGGAAGGCCCCAUCCCUGCCAGUUUCAAACGCCUCAAGAGCCUCAUGUACCUCGACCUGAGUUACAACAAGGGAAUCAACGGAUCCGUCCCAGCCUUCCUGGGAAACCUCUGGCUGCUGGAGUCCCUAGCCAUGGAGCACUGCAAUCUCACGGGCCAAAUCCCACCGUCUCUAGGCACGCUCGUCUUCCUCGUUGAGAUCUUCCUCGACGGAAACCGCCUCUCCGGCCGCAUCCCAGCCACUCUCGGCAGUCUUGAGUCCCUAAACAAGCUCUAUCUCAACCGCAACCGCCUCACCGGGAGCAUCCCGGCACAGCUGUGCUACCUUUCAUACGCAUACGAGCUCAACCUGGGCAGUCUAGAGUCCCUCAACAAGCUCUUUCUCAACCGCAACCGCCUCACUGGGAGCAUCCCGGCACAGCUGUGCCACCUGCACUAUAUCUAUGACCUUAACCUGGCGACGUCUCUCACAACCACCUCACGGGCCCACUCCCUCCGAUCGCGACUCACCGCUUUCUCUGCUCUUCCUUCUCCUUCCCGCCCCUCCCAACGGCAACAGCGACGUCUCCCACAACCACCUCACGGGCAAACUCCCUCCCAUUCCAAAGAAAUCCAAUCUCCGCUUCUUGUAUGCGGGUAA